AUGGAAACGAAGGAGUCUGGACGUUGUAGUCCCCGGCAAGACCAGCGCUAUUCUGCUGCUGUUGCUAGUGCUGGUGCUCCACCAAAUGGAGGAGUCGCUGGGUGGUCUGCUGUGUUCGCCUCUUUUCUACUCUUCGCCACAACCUAUGGUUACUCCUCUGCAUAUGGGGCCUUCCAGUCGUACUACGAGUCCGACUUAUUGCGCUCCAGUUCUGCAUCGCGCAUCGCUUGGAUAGGCACUAUCCAAGGUUUUUUCAUGAUCUCUACGGGCGUUUUUGCGGGGCCGCUCUUCGAUCAGGGGUACCUGCACUCCCUGAUGACUGUCGGCUGUUUCCUAAACGCUAUUGGAUUCAUGAUGCUGAGCUUAUCUACAGAGUAUUAUCAGGUAUUUCUAUCGCAGGGCGUUUGUAGUGGCAUAGGCUGUGGUUUGAUCUACGUGCCCGCCUUGUCACUCGCUUCUACCCUCUUUACCACACGCCGCAGCAUUGCCGUCGGUCUGUUAUCUUCCGGAGCUAGCAUUGGUGGAACCGUCUUUUCAAUUCUCUUCAUCCGACUGCAGCCACGGAUCGGAUUCCCCUGGACUGCGCGCACCCUGGCUUUUAUCCAAGUGGCUUGCUCGUGCAUUGCCGUCCCGAUGCUCAUAGCCACAACCAAUCCAAAACCCAGUCCGCCACGCCAGCUCAUCCACUGGCACGCACUGAAGGAGUUGAGCUUCGACGCCUAUGCAAUUGUCAUCUUCCUAUUUUUUGUCUCCUACUUCGUCCCGCUGUUCCUUUUACCCUCCUUUGCCCAGUCCGCGCUGCACAUCUCAAUAGACCUGAGCGUCUACAUGACAGCUAUAUUCAAUGCCAGCUCCAGUGUCAGCCGUAUCGGUUGCCCUCUGCUGGUUUCUCGUUUUGGCCCUAGCAAGGUCCUGUAUACUAGCAUGGCCAUUUCGGUCGUUAUCCUCUUUGGCUGGACGGGCGUCCACAAUGUUGCUGGAUGUAUUGUCUUUUGCGUCUUCCUCGGGGGAUUCACUGGCAGCGUUGUCACCGUUAUUCCGGUGUUGAUGGCUCAUCCGGUAAUUUCGCCUACCCCGUCUGUGUUUGGAACCCGAAUGGGCGUGCAGUGGUUCGCCGUCAGCUUGGGUGUGUUGAUUGGUGCGCCUAUUGGUGGUGCCCUGGAAGGAUAUGGUGGAAGCAAUGGAUUCCUGGGUAUGCAGUUGUUUAGUGCGUUGGUGAUGGCUUUGGCAACAGCAGUACUGCUUGUGCCAAUGAAGGCGAUUUGGAGAUAUGAUCACGCCCAGCGAGAAAGUGGCGUUGUCUAGAUCAAUUUUGCCGGUUGCAGGAUCAACUAAGCGACAGCCAAUGGCAGUUGUAUAUAUUGUUCUGGUGUUGAAAGUAGAUUCUCC